AUUUCAAGUUCAGUUCCCGUGGCACCGCCGGUCUCGCUUGUUCACCAGCAACGCUUGUUGAGUAUGAGAAUAUUCUGACGUUUUACAAAAUGUAUUCACCGACUUUCAAAACUUAAAACGGGAUUCAAUCACUCGCACCCGUUAAAUAUAAUAAAUAAUACCGUUCAGAUAUGUUCGUUACGUGAAUAAAAUUCACGAAGAGCUAUCGAAAUGAUAUUUGCGGUUGUCUGGACCCUGCUGUACACCGCUGCUGAGACCCAUCAAGCCAGCUUCUUCCGGACGUUUAAGUGCGUUAAUGACCAAUGCCAGAGAACGCCACGGCCGUUAUCAAUCCUAGAUCACGAAAAAUUGAAAAUCAAUGGAGAACAUACAACUUUGGCGGCUUGUAAGCUGGUUUGUGGAGCCACUGGGGCUCUGUGGCCUUUGCCCACUGGAAAUGUUAACACUGGGAAAGAUUAUCUCCCACUGCAUCCCAACAAAAUUACUUUCGACCUGAAAGCAAUCCCCCCGGGAGUCAACCCAUUUAUCUCCGAAGUAAUCAACAUAUUCGUGUCAAACGUUCAAUCAUACUGCGGUAAUAACUGUGAUGUAGUCGAUACCUUGGUGACUGUCCACAUCAAGAUCGCAUCGGCAAGCCUUGGACUUGACUGGAAUACCCGCGAGGAUUACACUCUUCAAAUAAAUACUAAAGGCACCGAGGUAGAUGUUAUUAUCAGCGCGCAUACGGUCUACGGGGCUCGUCAUGCUCUGGAGACUUUCUCGCAGCUAAUUGCACCCACCAUCAGGUCGAGUGAUAGGAAGGGGUUGGUUAUCGUUGAUAAGGCGGUUAUCGAGGAUCAACCGGUGUUUAAGCACAGGGGAGUGAUGAUAGAUACCGGAAGAAAUUAUCUACCGGUUUCAGCGAUUCUCAGGACCAUCGACGGACUCGCAGCGACUAAAAUGAACGUGCUGCAUUGGCAUGCCACUGAUUCGCAGAGCUUCCCGUUGUACAUUAAGAGUCGACCGUUGAUGUCGCGAUAUGGGGCUUACUCUCCGAAAAUGGUAUACACACCUGAGGACAUGGGACGCAUAAAAAACUACGCGAAAUAUCGCGGAGUCAGGGUCAUCCUGGAGAUGGACUCUCCAGCGCAUGCAGCAACCGGUUGGGAAUGGGGCGAAUCUGCGGGGCUUGGAAAGCUCGCAGUUUGCGUUGAACAACAGCCCUGGAGGAAUUUCUGUAUUCAACCGCCUUGUGGACAACUGAACCCUGUUAAUCCCCAUGUGUUUAAUAUUCUAAAAGAUGUUUAUCAAGAAUUCUUCACGAUAUUGGGGAACGAUAGUAUCCUUCAUAUUGGAGGAGACGAGCUUUGGUUGCCAUGCUGGAAUUCCACGGACGAGAUCGUGGAGAAUAUGCAGGCCAGAGGAUGGGGAAGAACUCCAGAGGACUUCCUCAAACUCUGGGGAGAGUUUCACACCAAGCAAUUGAAGGUCAUAAGUGACCUCAAAGGUAAAAAUGAUUCUGUGAUCAUCUGGAGCUCUGGACUCACUGAGCCGAACGUUAUUGAGCAAUUCCUCGACAAGAAUCGGUUCGUCAUUCAAACGUGGGUUCCAGCUGCUUCUACUAUCCCAGAGGAACUCCUCAAACGUGGGUAUAAAUUGAUUAUUUCAACGAAAGACGCUUGGUACUUGGAUCACGGCUUCUGGGGGAGCACAAAGUACCAUUCAUGGCGAGAUGUCUACGAGAAUAGAAUCCCCAGGGAGGAGACUGUCCUCGGGGGUGAAGUCUGCAUGUGGGGGGAGUAUGUGAAUUCCGGCGGCCUCGACGCACGCAUUUGGCCGAGAGCAGCAGCAGCCGGUGAGAGACUCUGGACAGACUCAGUGUCCCUCAAGACUGUUGACGUCGAGCCGAGAUUUCAGGCGCACAGGGAGAGACUGGAGAUUCGAAACAUCAAAGCUGAUGCCAUAUCCCCUACCUGGUGUGCACAGCAUGCAACCAAAUGUGAUUGAUGAUGGCUGCUAGAGUUAUUUGCAUUCUCAGAAUUGUUGCAUGAGAUGUAAUUGAUCUCGUUGACCCUUACUCGUUGAAUAUUUAACAACUGUAAAUGAAUAAAUAUUUUUUAUAUGGUA